UAAAAAAAUUGUAAACAAGAGAUUUAGAAAAAGUAAGAAUCAUAUUGAAAGAAGUGAAUGUCGAGUAAUUGAGUGCAAAAUGUGUGUAUAAAGUGCUUCUUAUAAUGUUUGGUAGUAAUUCAUAUCAACCAAUGAAAGGAAGUUAUGCUAGGAACCGCUGCUUUCGUCUUUUAUUUAUUCCGAUAGUGAUUUUGCUAUUUUACUUUGUGAUACAUCAUUUUUUAUCAAACGUUGAUACAAAUGUCCAAAAUGUUGAUUUUUACAAAUCUCGUUAUCAGCAGUCUAUCGAUUCUUAUGAAGAUUUUAAUUCAAUGAAAGCCAGCGAUCUCAAGCAGAGAAUCGCUGAAAUGCUUAAGAUAAAGAGCACUGUAUCAUCAGAACUUCGUGAACUUGAAUCAAAACGUCAGAAACUUCAAUCAGACAUUUCAAGUUACAAUUCGAAAAUCGACGAGCUCAAGCAAGAAUUGUCAAGACAGCAAACAGAACUUAACCGACUGAAAAUUUCAGUAGAACAGGCACAAGUAGCACAAAGAGAAGCUGUUCUAAGGAACACACCUGAAUUAGCUCUCCCGAAUGCGUUGUACCCAAACUCACUACCGAAAAUUUAUAAACCUCCAAGUUCAAAAGAUUUUCUACGAUGCAAACUUUCAACUUGUUUUGAUCACAGUCGUUGCUCGAUCACUUCAAGCUUCCCUGUCUAUCUCUACGAUCCUGACACUACUUUUGUUAAUAAUAAUGGAUAUGAAAUUGAUGGAUUUCUUAAAACAACAAUAAAACAAACUCUCGGUUACAACGCUCAUCUAACAAAAGAUCCUAAAAUCGCUUGCGUUUUUCUUGUGCUUGUUGGUGAAGCACUUUCAGAGCAAGAAGUACUUAGGAAUAAUCGCUAUGCAAAUACAGUUGAUAUUAAAGUUACUUCAAAUGAAGUUCUUAACAUAACAGCAUUACAACGAUUGAAAUAUUGGGGAGGUGAUGGUCGAAAUCAUGUUCUGAUGAACCUUGCACGACGUGAUUUAAGCACAGCAUCGAAGAAUGUUUUCUCGAAUUUGAACACUGGAAGAGCUAUGCUUGUACAAUCGACAUUCAGUGAAGCUCAAUAUCGACAUGGCUUCGAUCUUAUCGUGGCACCAAUUUUGGGAAGACCUGGCGGUGAUGUAUGGCAAGAAUGCUCUCCAAUGCUACCAGCAAGAAGAAAAUAUUUGCUUAGUUUUCAAGGUGAAAUGGUUGUCAUUAAUCGAACAUUAAACAAUGUUGAAGAUUCAGAAGAACAAGCGAUUGACGAAUUCAUCAUUGAUCAUCUGAAAGAAAUCUCAGACAGUGUUCAUUCCGACAACUUUUAUCUUCAAUUCGAAUGCAUUCCUGCAACAGAACAGACGAACAUUGCUGCUUCUAAAGAUUGGUAUUUAUGUGGAACAGACAAUUCACGUCGAACAAUUCUCCGUGAUUCUACAUUCGCAUUACUCUUAGUGCCAGAACGUUCUAUGAUAACAUCAACGUUACUUCAAGCGCGUGUUUAUGAAGCUUUACGAGCUGGUGCAAUUCCGGUUAUCCUUGGUGGCGAUCAAAUUGAACUUCCAUUCUCAGAAAUGAUUGAGUGGCAACGAGUUGCUUUAUUCCUACCAAAAGCUCGUGUCACUGAACUUCAUUUCUUGCUAAGAUCUGUUCCCGAUGCUGAUCUUUUACUAAUGCGACGUCAAGGAAGAAUGAUUUGGGAAAGAUAUUUAAGUUCAGUUCAAGCAACUGUUGACACAAUCAUAGCGAAUUUGAGAGAUCGAUUAGGAAUUCCACCAAAGCCUGUUCCAUCUGUUAAAGCUGUGAGUGUCUUCAAUUCAUCGUUUAUUCCUUUAAAAUCAGAUCCACCAGUGAUGGAUGUCGAGCCUGAAGAGUCUUUAGGGCCUAUUGAGCCACCUUACCCAUCACCACAAUUCAGAAGAAAUUACACAGUUUUUCUUACACAACGACGAGAGGCUUGGAACGAUUGGGGCGAUCCUUUCUAUUUAUACCCACAAUUACCAUUUGAUCCCGUUUUACCUUCGGAUGCCAAAUUCAUUGGAUCGAAUCUUGGAUUUCGACCGAUUGGAAAAGGAAUUGGUGGGACUGGGAAGGAAUUUGGUGAAUCUUUAGGUGGGAAUUAUCCGCGUGAACAAUUCACAAUUGUCAUUCUUACUUAUGAACGUGAACAAGUGUUGAUGGAUUCAUUGGGAAGACUUUAUGGUCUUCCUUAUCUUCAUAAAGUCAUCGUUGUUUGGAAUUCACCCAAACCACCGCUUGAGGAUCUUCGAUGGCCGGAAAUUGGAGUCACAGUUGAAGUUGUAAGAGCCACAAGAAAUUCUCUUAACAAUAGAUUUUUACCGUACGAUUCUAUCGAAACUGAAGCUGUUUUAUCAGUUGAUGAUGACGCGCAUUUACGACACGAUGAAAUUCUUUUUGGAUUUCGUGUUUGGAGGGAGCAUCGUGAUCAGAUUGUAGGAUUUCCUGGACGUUAUCAUGCGUGGGAUGUGAAUGGGGCGUGGAAUUAUAAUUCAAAUUAUAGUUGCGAGCUUAGUAUGGUGUUGACUGGUGCAGCAUUCUUUCACAAAUAUUACACUUACCUUUACACUCAUUGGCUGCCUCAAGCUAUACGUGAUAAAGUUGAUGAAUACAUGAAUUGCGAGGAUAUUGCAAUGAAUUUUUUAGUGUCACAUAUGACACGACAACCACCAGUGAAGGUGACAUCUAGAUGGACAUUUAGAUGCCCCGUUUGUCCUAUUUCAUUAUCAGAAGACGAUACACAUUUCCAGGAACGACAUAAAUGCAUCAACUUUUUCACUCAGGUGUUUGGAUACACUCCACUGCUGAAUACACAAUAUCGAGCCGACUCAAUUCUCUUCAAGACAAGAAUCCCUCAUGAUAAACAGAAAUGUUUUAAGUUCAUCUAAGUUCUCUUUUUCUUUAAUAGACACACCAAAUCACAGUUUGACAUUCAUUAAUUGUUGCGCUCGAUAGUGCCAUUGAAGCCAGCCACAUAUUGUGGCUUUGUAACUAUUCUAGUUAAUCAAACUCGACUUGAAUACUUAUUUAAUGUUAAGAUUUUUUUUUAUUUAUCAACUGUAAUUGUGGUAAAAAUUGUGAGACAUCAUAUGGAAGUUAGAGAAAGAAUCGAAUUAGGGUUCGUUGAAACGUUCGUCGUUCAUCGAUCCCUAAAGUAAAUAAAAAUUAAAUCAAUCCAAAAUAUUGCAAUUUUAUUGAGUUUAUACAUUUUCUGUGUUGAAUGUGUUGAUUUUUAGAGAAUCAGAAAAGAAUAAUUUAUUGAUUCCAAACAUAAAAGUUGUUUUUCCGAAAUUGUUAAACUGUUUAAGAUGUGACAGAAUGCAAAUAUAAAAACGUGAAAACAAAUAUUUAAACAUUUGUUUCAGACCUUUUCAACGUUUUCU